CUGUAAUUGAAAAAUUAGUAGAAGCAGUGAAUAAAAUGACAUUACAGUUACAAGAAAAGAAAAGACCCCCUCGAGAGUAUUCUAAAGAAUUUUUAGCUAAGAUAGUUUGCUUUAAAUGUGGUAAACCGGGACACAUAAGUUGGGUGUGCCAAGAAAAUAUAAAACCCACGAAUAUUGUAAAAGAUCCAGAUAAAAAUGUCACUGUUAGUAAAGAAACCCUCCAAGCUCUUCUUUCUUUGCUGGAUGAUAAAAAAGAGGAAGGAGCACAUGACCAACUGACUUUUUUAAGUUUUCAAAAAAAUAGGCCCAUUAAAACUAGAGAGUUAUAUGAAAAUGAUGAAGAUGAGAUUAUGACAGCCGGGACCCUUACUGAUGAAGAUGAGUUCGAUAAUGAAGAUCUUGAGGAUCGCAUUUAUGGAGUUUCCAAUUCUGAGGACGAAUAUUGGUUUGAGGAUGUAUGGUCAUCCCUAUCAUCCUCGAGUACUGAUCUAAUCUCCUUUGAUUCUGCUGAUGAAACAGACGAGAACCACGAGGAGACAGAUGAGGGUCGUGAUGAAAUCUUGGUCAGCUCUCUUCCACCGUUGUAUCAAGAUUUGGAUGAACUUAACCUUACGAUGACUCUGUCAACAACUUACUUAUUAGGAGAAGGUGAUGAACCUAUUGUUGAUUUACUCGACUUCUAUUAUAAGGAAAAAAUUCCUGAAAUUGCAUAUCGCAAUGCUGAAUUUCAGACCGUUGAAGUAGUACUUGGUCGCCAAUUUCAUAAGACUCCAACUUAUGAUUAUGAUCAUGAUACAGUUUUUGAUAAGCUUGAGCUUGCUUUAUUUUUUUUUUCUGCCAUUAUACGAGAUUCUGUUAAAGAACCUAGCACUAUCUCAAUUCGUUGCAUUAUUUGUUGUUGCGGUUCUUUUUCCGUGGCCGGCUUAUUAGAAGAG